AUGGCCUACCAACAAACUGGCCGCCAGCUUGCCUCCGCCAUGGACAGAAGAAUUACGCAACCUUCUGACUUCCGAUCUCCCGCUCCGGCCAACGCAUAUGAUCAAGGCAACAGCUCUCUCUAUCGGACCAGAUCCAACGAGGUGUCGGAUGACAGCGGCUUUUUCUCUGCGGAUUCUCCAAAUUCAUCACCUCUUGCUUCUUACCGGGACUUUCAGCUUUACGACUCGGAUGCGGAUUAUGUCGAUGAUGGAGCUUCUCUGUUUGGCAACCAAGGCAGUCACACCAGCAGUCAAGUCGCUCAAACCCCGAGUUAUUCAUCGCAAUCUUCCUCUGCAAAUCGCAAUCGCAACGGGACAGCAUCCAGCCAAAGUAGUAGCGGUCUGGUUUAUCAAAGCACUGAAUCCUCCCAUCCGUCUCUCUUCGGCCACUAUCGUGAGGUUUAUCCAACCGGCCCAACUCCAUACCAGGAAUGGCAAGUCCAGCCGUGGCGGCACGAAAGGGUAGCUUAUCAGUCCGAGUCGCUUGCCAACACUUCCGAUCCAAAUCGUUAUGAUGAGGAUAUUCGCUUGACACCAGAACCAUCCAUCCCUCAACCCCGCUCGCCUAGACAGCGAAAAUCAAAAUCAGGCAGCAGCACCACCCACAAAAGGCGCAAGCACUGA